AUGACCGUUCCUCCACAUUUCCACAUGCCGGGCGCUUUUCACGGCGAAGGCGUCCAUCCUGGGCUGUUUCGCCCGCCCAUGUCGCCCAGCUCGAGUACCAGCUUCGGAUACGCUGCCCCUCGCAUCAGCGCCGCUCAUGACGUGCACGCAUCUAAGCGCAAGCGGAAUCGCCAUGACAUGUCACGAUCGCAAGAUAUCCGAAUGGAAGGCGACCUUGACCAUAAUGGCUUCUUCAGUACACCUGUCGCGCAGAACCGAAGUGGCGAUAGGCGCUAUCAGCUUGCCGGCCAGCUCGACACCCCAACCAGCGGUCCCUUCGAAAGCGGCAUUCUCGGCGAGAGCAUGUACUCGGACUCGGAUUAUAGAAGAGCUCUCGGAUCGAAGAGAGCCCAUGACGAUAUAGACCAGAAUAUUGGCGGCCCCACGCCUCUCUUCAACCUCCCUCCACAGCCGAUGCCGUCGCAGAGCUGGGGAAGCUUCGCAUUCUCUACUCUCGGUGGCGUCGUCGGGCGUGUGUGGGAGUUUUGCAAGGCCGGCGCCUUCCGAGGCUUCCAGGCCGGCGGUGGUAAGGCCUUUUCGGUGUCGACCGGCAGGCUACAGGAACUGCCGGAACUACCCUCGAUCGACGAGAAGGCAGAUGAGAACCAGUACCUACCAGGUCAAUUCCCUCCGCAGGGAGAUUACUUCAACCAGCAACCUGAGUACCCCGAGGAUCCCAUCAACAGCGGGGCAUCCACGCCAACCGGACCGGCCGCGAAACGGAGGCAUACUGAUCAUCGGGAUGAGCUUGGUAGGAAUUGGGUUCUGGUGAGUGACGAUAAGCCAGCUCAGCCAAAACCUACCCCUCCAGCGCGACGUGCUUCCUAUCGCCCGACCCCUCGAUCGCGAAACACGGGCCCAUCGAUGGCAACCGGUCGACGCAUCAGCACGCCCGCCUCUCGAUUCUCAUCAGCAUCGACUCCGACCCAGCGACGACCGGCCAGUCGCCCUACCAGUCGCCUCUCUCAUGUUCCUUCACCUUCACUGCCCUCCCCGAUCCCAGCAUCCACCGCCUCCUUCGCCUCCUUCGCUGGUACUCGAUCUCCAUCCCCUAGCAAGAUUCCCCAGCCUACCCGACGUCGAAACACGAUGGCACCAUCUCCGAGUCCAAGUAACAUGUCCCACCGCCGCUCUCAUAGCAACGCCUCAACAGCUUCGGCACGUGCUUCAGUUGAAGCAAGCCCUCGACUUGAUGCUGAGGCCAAGCAUCUUGCUGCCCGUCGUAAGAUGGAGGAGCGGGACACAGAUGUGCGUAUCAACGCCUUCAACAAGCAGCUACAAGAUAUGAUUCGCCAGGGUCGGGAGGCCCUGGGCACAACGAUUGAAGUGGAAGGCAAUUGGGAGGAUGAACUAUAAGCGUUCCACCACCGACGACACGCUUACAGCAUUUAGAUCUUUGAUGAUGCCCGUUUUGCUGUUUUUGUUUUCUUGAUGUUUCCACUGAUACCCUCCCAUUCUUUCUUUGGGCUGAAAUUUUCUCGACGCUUAAGUAUUGUUGUCGGAAGUCUGUCUGGACUGCUGAAUGGGAUGGAUCUUACGCGGGAGUUCUCUGGUAUCUGGUCGGCGUUGAAGAGAAUGGAGGAAUUUGUCUCUGGUCUUCAUUGACCACUUCUUACGUUCUGCUCUAGGGAUUGACUUGACUGGUGUUUACUUUAUGCCAUUUUACGCCUUCUCUUCUUGUCACUUCUAUUCACUCAAACGGUUGGUUGAAUCGAAACUUAUGAUCGAAACACCACCUUUUAUAACAUUUACGAUAUGAACCGCCUGCCAGUACGAGCACGUUGCUGUGCACGACACGAAUGACCUACACGUCGAGGCCUUUAAUA